GCUUGUCGUGCCUUAACUCUGUCUCUCGAAGGAAACCACCUGACGAGACCCUUGAGAAAGGUCGAGACUGGUCGUGGUAUCUUCUUUUGAUUCUUUCAGAAAUUAAUUCUGUCUGAGUCUCUAGUAAUAGAAAUAGCGGUUGUAAAAUUACUAAAUAUAAGUAUAUACGUAUAUACAUCUUUUGUUCAAUUAAAUUAAUUAACAUUUUUUUUUGUUUUUUAUUAUUCAAGGAACUUACAAAAUUAAAACAUGAAAAUUUAGUGGCAUUAUUUGAUUGCAAAGAAUCUCAACAUAAUGUCUAUUUGGUUAUGGAAUACUGCAAUGGAGGUGAUUUAGCUGAAUAUUUACAACAAAAAGGCACACUUAGUGAAGAUACAAUCAGAAUAUUUUUUCGUCAAAUCGCUGCUGCUAUUCGAGCUUGUCAUGAAAACAAUGUGGUACAUCGUGAUUUAAAACCACAAAAUAUUUUACUUUGUUAUAAGAAUAAAGAGAAUCCACAAAUAAAUGAAAUAACGUUAAAAAUAGCUGAUUUUGGUUUUGCACGAUUUUUACAAGAAGGUGUUAUGGCUGGAACAUUGUGUGGCUCUCCAAUGUAUAUGGCUCCGGAAGUAAUACGUUCAUUGCAAUAUGAUGCAAAAGCUGAUUUAUGGUCUGUUGGCACAAUUAUCUAUCAAUGUUUAACAGGGAAAGCGCCAUUUCAAGCCCAAACACCACAGGCAUUAAAACAAUUCUACGAGAGAAAUAUGCAUUUAGCACCAACUAUUCCACCAACAACAUCUCCAGAACUGACAAGUUUAUUACUACGAAUGUUGAAACGUAAUCCAAGAGAGCGUAUCGCUUAUGAUGAAUUUUUUCAUCAUCCAUUUAUUCGCAAAAGUCAACCAGUGGAUAUGCCACAAAGUCGACAAACGACAUCGACACCACCAGGAGAUACGAUAGUUUCCCAACCAUUUUCACGUCAAAUUGAUCCAAUUCCAGAGUAUGAAACGAUUACCACCACACAACAAGCACCGAUAUCUCCAUCAUCGAGUUCACAACGAUCAUCAUCACCAACAUCAAUAGGUAUAACACCAGCAAAUUCUCAAAAGUCACUUGUGAAACGAUCGUUAAAUCCUUUCUACAAUGAAUACAACAAACGUACAUCACCAUCGGCAACAACACCUGUGUUAUAUCCAACUGUAAAAACUGAAGAAUUUGUUUUAAUACCUGAACAUGUUGCUAUAGAAAAAAGUUUAACAGCUAAUCAUACAUCAUUUGCUCAAUUAUUGCGUGAAAAACACAUUUCAAAACAACAGCGGACAUCAUCCGAAGGUGUUCUAUGUUCAAAAGAGCCAACUCGUCCGGAUAAUCUUGCUUUAGCUGCUAUUGAAAAUAAUCAAGAUGAUAAAGUCGUACCAGGAGAUAGUCGGAGUUAUAGUGCAAGUCAACCGAUUCCUGUUCCAUCACAAAUUGAAAAUUAUGAAAAAAUGCAGGAAGAAUCUCGAGAACGUGCAAAAAGUGUUGGUGGCACCGGCACAAGUCCUGCUGGAAGCCCAUACGGAGAACGUCCCACAUCAAUUGAACGAUUGCGUCAAGCGAGUAUUGCAUCGUCAAGUUCAGAUUUAGCAAAUUCUAUUAGUCCACCGGCUGUACGAUUUACUGUUGAUGCAUCAUCAAGUCCAAUUAAUUUUCCAUCGAAUGCAUUUCGUCGUCAAACUAUAGCUACUUCACCAUCAUCACGUGCGAUUCAAAGUUCUCAAACAAAUAAUUCUCAUCAACAGAACCAGAAGAUUAACGCUACGAUAACAACAAUAGACGCAUCACCAUUAAAAAAUCAUUUAUCAUAUCAAAAAUUUCAUACUGUCGGCACUCUGACAAACGACUUUGAUAAUCGUUCUGAUCGACUUUUUGAACAAGAAAAUACCACACCUGUAUUUUUCAACACAAACUUAGAUCAAGGUGCGAACAGUCACGAAAAUACUAACAAUAAUGGUGCUCUAUACCAGUAUCAACGACAAACAGUGAAUACAAUUUUCGGCGACUCAGCGCCUGAGGGCAACUAUUAUGAACCACAACAGAUCACAGACGAUGCACUAAUGGAUAAUGAACACAACGAUACACUGGGCAAAUUGCAAUUUAUUCUUCAAUUGGUUGAUUAUAUAUUAACAUUAGCUAGUUCACGAUCGAGUUUGCUAACCGAAACAUUGACAUAUAAUAAUAAGAAUAAUAUUGAUAAUAAUAAUAAAACCCCUUUAAAUCGGCCAAAAAUGGAUCGUUUAAGUAUUGUCGAUGAUUUAUAUAAACGUGCUGAACAAUUAACACUCUAUGUUAAAGCCAUGCAUUUUCUAAGUUCAGCAAUGUGUUUAGCAAGAGAUAAAGUAAAAUCAGGAAAAUUAUAUCCAUCUAUUACUGUCAGACAAGCUGUACGUGAUUUAAAUAACAAAUUUAAACAUUGUCUCAUUAUGUGUAAAGAAUUAAGUGGACAAGAAGAACUACAAACGCGAAAUGACCUCAAAGGUGUUACACUAACAGCUGAUAAAUUACUUUAUUUACAUGCAAUUGACUUAUGUUUAACUGCGGCUGGAUUGGAAUUUUUUGGAAAACCACAAGAUUGUAUUGGACCAUAUACAGAAGCUCAAGUGCUAUUUCAUAGUUUAUGUCAACAGGCAUCAAGUGAUUUUGAUAAAUCGAUAUUACGAGCGUAUCGAGAAGCUGUUGAACGUCGAUUACAUUGUUUACAAAAUCAAGGAUAUAUUGUUUUAAAUGAAACACACUCAACAACUACAUCCCGAUAA